AUGGAGCUCUCUCACACGAACCCAGACUUGGUUCCUCAAGAGCUUGGUCUCAGUGCCCUCGCCGGCACAAAGCUUCAUCGCUUCCUUCGAGGUUUCCAGGAAGGCGUUUUCCAAGAGGAGGUGGAUGAAUUUGUGAAGCGCCAUGCCUCUCACUUUGCGGUCGUUUGCCCAGAUGGCUCGUUUCCAUUGCUUUGGAAGCAGCUUCACGAUGAGUACAAGGAGCUUUUCGAUCAGCAGCUGGAAGCGAUUCUUUGGUUUCAGGAUAGUGACAAGGACUCGUUUCUUACGGCCUGCAGUCGACUACGCGCGGCUUCUGCUGGCCUCGAUCAGGAUUCCCUUCUGCCCGACAUCUUCCCAGAUGACGCAGCACAGCCAGGCUUUCGCGAUCUGAGGGUCGCCGACUUCCGCGCUUUCAUGCCCGGAGCCCAUGAGUCUAGGGUGCAGGGUUUGGGGAGGGAUUCCAAGGGCUCCAAAAUUGGGAUGGAUGUAGCUGGCAAAAUCCCGAAAAAUGAGUCCUGA